UGACCUUCUGUUGGCCCAGGACAGGAACCAUUCCCGAAGCCAACUCAUCAGACAUGGAUUGGUCUGGACAAUGGGUUGGAGAGGGAUGCUGGUGAGGAGUGAGCUUCUUGGAUCAGGUGGACACUUGAGACUAUGUUGGCAUCUCCUGCCUGGAGGGGAGAUAAGAAGGUAGAGGGGGUUAGAAGCUGGGAAAAUGGACAUGAAAAGAGAGAGUGGAGAGAGAGAGUGGGCUGCCUCAUUAGGGGGAGAGUAAUUGGGAUUAUGUAGCAAGGUGUAUAUAAGUUUUUAUGUGAAGAGACUGACUCGAUUUGCAAACUUUUACUUAAAGCACCAUAAAAAUUAUUUAAAAAAAAAAAAUGUACCCAAGCAGCCAAGCUCCAAAGAGUCUGAUUUUACCAACACUGUUUUCUGUCUCCUCUCAGGCAACCCCCUGGGAGCCACACCCAUCCCUCAGGGCCAUGGCACCUCUAAGUCAGCUGAGUAGCCACAUCAACUCCACUUGCGGGGCAGAGAACGCCACGGGCACCAGCCGAGCUCGCCCACACACCUACUAUGCCCUGUCCUACUGCGCCCUCAUCCUGGCCAUCGUCUUCGGCAAUGGACUGGUGUGUGUAGCGGUGCUGAGAGAGAGGGCCCUGCAGACCACCACCAACUACCUGGUGUUGAGCCUGGCGGUUGCAGACCUUCUGGUGGCCACCUUGGUGAUGCCCUGGGUGGUGUACCUAGAGGUGACAGGUGGAGUCUGGCAUUUCAGCCGCAUUUGCUGCGAUGUUUUUGUCACCCUGGACGUCAUGAUGUGUACAGCCAGCAUCCUGAACCUCUGCGCCAUCAGCAUUGACAGGUAUACUGCAGUGGUCAUGCCAGUUCACUACCAGCACAGCACAGGACAGAGCUCCUGCCGGCGCGUGGCCCUCAUGAUCACAGCUGUCUGGGUACUGGCCUUUGCUGUGUCCUGCCCUCUCCUCUUUGGCUUCAACACCACAGGGGACCCCAGCAUCUGCUCCAUCUCCAACCCUGAUUUUGUCAUCUACUCUUCAGUGGUGUCCUUCUACCUGCCCUUUGGAGUGACCGUCCUGGUCUAUGCGAGGAUCUAUGUGGUGUUAAGGCAGAGGAGACGAAAACGGAUUCUCACUCGACAGAAUAGCCAAUGCAUCAGUGUCAGGCCCAGCUUCCCCCAACAAUCUCUCUCCCAUGGCCAGGCACACACGGAGGUAAAACGCUAUUACAGCAUCUGCCAAGAUACUGCCUUGGGGCAGCCAGGUUUCCAAGAAGAGGAAGCCGAUCUGAAAAGAGAGGACAAGGCUCAGAACUCUCUCAGCCCAACCAUGGCACCCAAGCUCAGCUUAGAGGUUCGAAAACUCAGCAAUGGCAGGUUGUCAACAUCCCUGAAGUUGGGGCCCCUGCAACCUCGGGCAAUGCCACUCAGGGAGAAGAAGGCAACCCAGAUGCUCGUCAUUGUACUUGGGACCUUCAUUGUCUGUUGGCUGCCUUUCUUCCUUAUCCACGUUCUCAAUACCCACUGCCAAACAUGCCACGUGUCCCCAAAGCUUUAUAGUGCCACAACGUGGCUUGGUUACGUGAAUAGCGCCCUUAACCCCGUGAUCUACACCACCUUCAAUGUCGAGUUCCGUAAAGCCUUCCUCAAGAUCCUGUCUUGCUAAAGGAGGAAAGAAAGGAUUACUCCCUCUGCCCACCUUUAGCUGCCAAGCCACUGGGCCACUAUCCAGGCCCUGCUCAGACAGACUCUGGAGUGUCCCUCUGGUACAUGAUUGGGAGAAGAUUUCUGGAGCCAGGACAUCCCUGCAUGGCAGAUGUAACCAACUGCUCCCUCCAAAACAGAAUGUUCUACCUCCCCAGUUAAAAUCUGACUUCAUUCUGGCAGUCUUCAAGUGGUGAGCGCCUG